GUCAGCUGGAGCUGCGUGGUGGAGUCAAAACUUCUACUUUCCUUCCUUUCUGUAUCGGAAAUUCCCGGUGACACCCUUUUAUUAAUUGUAUUUAUUUUAUCCGAAGAAGACUCUCAGCCACGGGUGCCUACACCAACMGUUUUCUCGACGUUGUAUUUAGACAAACUCGGUCUGGAGGGGUUUUUUUUUUUUUUGGGCUACAUUUCGCUAAGACAACUGGAGUGACUCGGCUAAGUUUCCCCCCGUUGUGCCUAAAGGAAUGAGAGGAAGAGCCCAAAACCCACACGUCUCCUCUGAGUGAACAAAAGGACAGAAAGAGAGGGAACUGCCGCCUCAAAUGGAGGAAAACACUCUCCCAGAAGCAACAUCUCCCUGUUUGGCAGUAAAAACAAACCUUACAAGGCCCGACCCAGAGGGGGAAAGCAGCCCCUUGAAAGCCGACAACACUCAGAGGAUGGAGUCGCCGGCUAAAAAAGAAACAGACCGGAAUCUGAACACGCCCGCCAAACCCAACAUCACCUCUCGAUCACCUGGCUCACCGGUAUCACCCAGGUCGAAAAGAGACAACACAAAGUCAGAGGAGAGGCAGAAGCUUGCAAAGGAACGCCGGGAGGAGAAGGCUAAAUAUCUGGAAGAGCUCAGCAAGUUGCAAGCUGCUAAAAAGACCCAGUGGCUGGAGAAGGAGGAGAAGGCCCGGCAGCUGAGGGAGCAGCAGCUGGAAGAACGCCGCAGGAAACUGGAGGAGCAGCGGAUCAAGGCAGAAAAACGACGAGCAGCUUUGGAGGACAGACAGAAAGAAAAACUGGAGAAGAACAAAGAACGCUAUGAGGCAGCCAUACACAGAUCAACAAAAAAGACGUGGGCAGAGAUUCGCCAGCAGAGAUCAUCAGUGGCACUACACCACAACUCCAGCCAGAAAGAGAGCAGAUGCUCAGUUUCAGCGGUCAACCUGCCCAAACACGUGGACUCUGUCAUAAACAAGCGACUCUCCAAGUCCUCCGCCACACUCUGGAACUCCCCCAGCAGAACCCGCAGUCUUGCCCUGAGUCCAUGGGAAAGCAGCAUAGUGGACCGGCUGAUGACGCCCACGCUGUCAUUUCUCGCCCGGAGCCGCAGCGCUGCCAGCGUCCUCAGCAACGGCAAAGAUAGUCACUCUCAUCUCUGCCCUCGAUCGGCUUCAGCCAGCCCCCUCACCCUGUGUGCCCAUCAACCCCACCGCCGCUGUUCUGACCACUGGAGGGUGACCUCCAGCACACCGGACAUCACUCAGCGGCAACACAGGAGGAGCUCCACACCUAUGGAUAAAACCAAGAAAGAAAAGAAGGACAAAGAGAAGGAGAAUGAGAAGGAGAAAAGUGCCAUUAAUAAAGAGAAGAUGUUGAAAAAGAGACAAUCCCUGCCCAGUAUGAGACACAGACCUGAUCCAAGCCCCAGUCCUUUAUCAAGACAGCGGCCAGCGUCUCCAGCCACACCGAAGGGCAGAACUUCCUCUCCAAGCCCUGCUGCCUCCCCCAAGCCCCCAUCAACACGUGGGAGCCUCUCUACUCCUAGGGCCCGGCCGAAAAGAGCCAGGACCCCUGCGAGGCUAGACCCCCGAACUGCUUCCCCUUCUCCCCUUGAGAAAGUGAAGGAACCUCGUAGGCCGUCCACUCCAGAGGAAAGAAAGAGUUCUUCCGUGGUUCCUGYCGUUGCAGUGUCUUCUGCUGCUUCCACGGCUAACGCAUCCAGCACGCCGGUCGCAGCCAAAGCCUCCGCUGCCUCUUCGCCACCCGAACCUGUGCCUUCAGCUCUGUCUGCCCGAGCUGCGUCACCUGCACCCUCUCCAUCAGCCAAGCCCAUGGCGGGCACCAACAACCCAGAGGAGGCUGCUCGCAUCCUGGCAGAGAAGCGCCGCCAGGCCCGAGAGCAACGGGAGAGGGAAGAGCAAGAGCGGCGCGAACAGGAGGAGAAAGAGAGGAUUCAGAGAGAAGAGGCCAAGGCGAGGGAAGCAGAGGAGAGGCGACGCAGGGAGGAGGAGGCAAGAGCCAUGGCUGAGGAGCAGCGGAGGAGAGAUGAGGAGCAGCGACUGCAGGAGGAGAAAGAGGCUCAGGAGAGAGCUAAAGCUGAGCAGGAGGAGAAUCUUCGCCUGCAGAAACAGAAAGAAGAGGCUGAGGCUAAAGCUCGGGAGGAGGCAGAGAAGCAGCAACUAGAAAGGGAGAAACACUUCCAGAAGGAGGAGCAGGAGAGACUGGAGAGGAAAAAGCGUUUGGAGGAGAUCAUGAAGAGGACACGCAAGACUGAUGGAGGUGACAAGAAAGAGGCCAAGUCUUCUCCAGUCGCAAAUGUCAGCGAGAGCCAGGCAGAGAACAGCAAAGCRUCUGCAGACUACCAGCCAAAACCAGAAGUCAACCUGCCAAGUAAGACUGAAAAUGGUCAAACCAACGUCAGUGAAAGCCUCACAGUUGUAAAUGGAGUCCAGCCCAUGAGACAUGAGAAUGGUCUGUCUCCUAAAGGAGACCACCUCGAGGAUUUCAUCCACCUCACAAAUCAGGGCAACGCCACGAACGGAGCCCGGGACAACUCUGAGGGCGGCAUGAGCACAAAGCCCAUCCUSUCCUUUGAGAACGAGGAGUCAUUUCUGAAAAAAGCGGGCCCCAUGAAGCCUCAGCAUGUUGCAGAAGUCCUGUGAUGGAUUUUGGCGUUGGGCCCCUUUAGAUGUUUUCCAGACCUGCCAACGCUCACGUGGCAAGUCAUGUGACCUGUGCCAAUCACCUACCUGCAACUAUGCUCCUAAAUGUAAACAUGCCCCUGUGGAGACGACGUGGUCCACAAAAGACCACAGAUCAGGACACAAAUAACAGACGGGAUGAAACGUGCUGCACCGGUGUUCUCAUUUGWAAAGAUCUUCAUGGCCUGAAUCGUUCUUACAAGACAGCACAGCUGACUAAUCGUGUCCCGCUGACAAAUGUUUUAUCUGUUAUUUAACUGAGAGAGGAAUCUAAAAGGCUGGCUACAUCUUUGUGAAUAUUGUAAAUGAACUUAUUUUGUCAGGCAAAGAAGGAACCAGUCGACAAAAGGGAGUCAAACCAGCCAUGAGUAGAUCUGAAUAAAGUCCAGGUAAACAGCCUGGUUUGUAAAAAUCUGCCUGUAAGAGUUUUUGUAAAGUUAGGGAAAUUUCAAUUUAAGGAAUGACUUCUUUCUGUGUGUAAACAUUCUGUUUGUUAUUAGCUUUUUCAGCUAUGAUYGAUUGUACACAAGACUUGGAUGUACUAAUGAGUUGGCCACCUUGACUACUGUAAAACACGAAAUCUAUUGUCCGUUUCCUACCCCAGGAUUUACUCCUGCUUCCCAGUUGUAGCUUUGUUUUUGUUUUUUGCUCCACACACGUUAARGCAUGACUCAUUUUUCUCAUUUGCAGUGCGAUCCUGUGGACUUGUAGAUGUUUGAAAUGCUGUUGUGUGUUUAUGCUAUAAAUAUAUUUUGAUGUGUGUUGGAACAUCACUGGGAGGAUCCAAUCCUAAAAGUCUUAAUAAAAUGCGAGCAGUCCA